AUGGCGGAAAAAUCAAACCCUUAUUUUUUCUCUGUAUUGAACGCGGGCUCACUCCUACUUCCUUUAUACGUUGUUGGGAGCACUCUUAGGUUUCUGCUGAUAUCCGUGACGUUAAUAUUGUGGCUUCAAACCCAAUGCUUGGGAUAUAUCUCAAUCCUGAAAAAGCGGCGGUCUGCACGACUCGCAGCAGCAGCAGACGAAGUUCGAAUUCGACAAAGAAAGCAAAUAGCUGAUAUCAGCAGAUCAGUUGGAGAGAAUGUGAUUUUAUUGCUAGAGACCAGUCGAGAGCAGGUUCUCAAACUGAAUCAAGAGGCGGAGAGGAAGAUACAGGAGUAUGAACAAGCGACAGUGGAUCGACAAGAAAGCGAGAGGGCCAAAGACCAACAACUUAAAUCCCGAGAAGAAAACAUUUUAGUUCAAGAACGGAAAAUAAAAGAAAGCGAAGAAGCGCUACAAGCACUGCAGAAGAAAUUAGAGGAACGAGAGCAGAACGUGAAGAUUGCAGAAGACAACGCUCGAAAGAUAUACCUGAAGCAAGAGGAAUUUAGGAGGCCAAGCCACCAAAUUAUUCAGCCAACGGCGCCCUUUAACCCAGUGGCUCCUCCCUUGAUCAAAUCCACCCUACCUUCAGAUCUGUUGGAAUACUCUAACGAUCUAAGGUCAUUAUUUACAUGUAUCGGAGUCACGAAGAAAGGCACACGCUGUCGCCAAAGUAUGAUCGCAAACGCCGAUAAAUCGGCUGCUAUAGAUCGUAUAGAAAAAAUGACAUCGUCCAACCCUGAAGAUACGUUUGAACUAAAUGUUCUGCGAGAACUAGCAGACUGGAUGCUUUGUCCUCGCUGGCAUCGUUAUGCACUCCCACAGGGGGCUACCAUUGCACGAAGAUGGUAUGACGAAUUAAGUGAUGCGAGAGCGAAACUGAAAAGUCGGACACAAACACACAUGAAUACAUUGACCCCAAUUACGACACCUUCAUCGGCAAUUACUUCCUCUUCUACCUUACCGUCGGCAGGAGUACCAAGUGUCUUCAGUAGUUAUAGUACAGGGACGGCCAGCAGCAUCGCAUCGCCACAGUCAGUAUCAAUGUCAUACACAGGCUCGAGCUACCAAGUUAUUGGUCCUCAAGCAUUUAUGAAUCCUCAAGGGGCGUCGGAUGCUGCUCCAGGGAACCAUCCUGCACGGAAUCUUAUGCCCCUGUUUGAAGCUGUGGCCCAACAGUCACGAUCAAAAAUUUUAUUUGAAGAGAAUAUUACUGGGAGGUGA